UCACCUUUGCUGUAACCACGUCAUGCACAACGUCAAACGCGUACCUCUAUCAGAAGACGCCUUGAAAGCAAAGCAGACUCGGGAACACGCUCAACUCGCUCGUUAUCUCAAUCUCACCGACACCGUUCUGACCAAAAGAAAAAACAAGGAUUACUCAAACGAUGCCUUUGAAUCCACCACCGCCUUAUUACGCGACAACCCCGAAUUCUACACCAUCUGGAAUUACCGUCGACAGAUCUUACUCCGUGGCAUCUUUCCACAAAGUUCUGCCGUCCAAAUCAAGGAUAUCCUCAUCCAAGAGCUCUCCAUGACCACCGAGGCCCUCCGCCGCCUUCCCAAAGUCUACUGGAUCUGGAACCAUCGUCGAUGGUGUUUAGAAGCCAUCCCACAAGGUCCAGAUGACGAUCCAACACAGUGGAAACAGUCUGUCUGGAACAAAGAGCUAUACGUCGUCGAGAGAAUGCUCGACACUGAUCCUAGGAACUUCCACGCAUGGAACUAUAGAAGAUACGUCCUCGCCAACGUCGCUCAUCCCAACUCUGAAACACACGAACUCGCCUAUACCACCAAAAAGAUCGAAUCCAGUCUCACCAACUUUAGCGCAUGGCACCAACGCUCCAAAGUGCUUUCGUCCCUGUGGGCCAAAGGAACGCUUUCGCUUGACUCUAAAGAGGAAGAGUUCGAUCUCGUCAAAAACGCCAUCUUUACAGAACCCAACGAUCAGAGCGCGUGGAUAUACCAUCGGUGGCUCAUGGGCCUUGGUGCUGAUAAAGAGCUGUUAGAACGGGAGAUAUCAGUGAUACAAGACCUCUUGGACGAACAACCAGAUAGUAAAUGGGCCAUGGAUUCUCUCGUACACUACAAAUCCCUCUUGAUCCAAACAGGCCCCAACGCAGAUAAACUCACUCUCACCAACGACUGCUUAAGGCUCUUAAACGACCUUCGCACUAUCGAUCCACAGAGACGAACAAGAUAUGAUGAUUUGGGGGCCGUAUUAAAGACCAACCAAUGA